AUGGAGCUUGCGCUGAUCCCCUCAGGAGUGAUGUUGGCUGGGAGCAUUUUCACUGUCCUCCUCCCCGAGCCACCACCGAAGAUGAUCGCACACGCCCUUCAGCAUCUGGCAGCCGGCAUCGUCCUCUGCGCCAUCUCGACCGAGCUGGUCUCUUCGAUUCCACCCCUAUCACAAGCUGACGACAGUCAGAGUAUUAUUGGAUUGAUCUUGGGGUUCUGUCUUGGGGUUGCAACAAUGAUUAGUCUGUCCAUAUUCUUGGAGCCAGACGAGGACGAGGAGGCGCCGAUCUCAGAGCCGGAAGGGAUCGAUGAGCAGGAGCCGCUGAUGAGGAACUCGGACGCGGAUUUCGUCAAUGACGACGCUCCUCUGAAUGAUUACUCAGACCGCACGGCGGGGGAGAUGGAGCUCCGGUGUGUUGGGCGGGCGGCAGUCCCGCAAGGAAGGUGUGUCUACAUCGACUCGGUCAUGGACGGACUUCUAGUUGGGAUCUCUCUCAUAGCCGGCAAGAGCGCGGGGCUCUUCAUGGCGGUCGCUCUUUGUGUCGAGAUGGGAUUUCUCGGGCUCACCUUUGCGGCCGCGUGCACGGGGCAGCCGAAGUACAGGGCAGUCCCCGCGGUCGUAGCUGGUCCUCUUUUCCUCAUGUGUGGCUCUUGCAUCGGCGGCCUGCUGGCCAACGCUCUAGCUGCUAACCUGGCGGCGCUGAUAGCAUGCACAUCCUUCGGAGUGGCAGCUCUGCUUUAUAUGGUGUGCGAAGAGCUUCUAGUCUCCGCACAUGAGGAAGGGGACGAGCACGUUUGGUGGGUUGACCUUCAGGUAUUCGUGGGUUUUUUGCUGGCACUUCUGUUGGACAAGGCUGUUCAAAGGAAAGGCACAUGA